AUGUUACCAAUGUCAUCUUCAAAUCAUCAUACACAUAUGGAAACAAGUUGGAAAACAUAUUAUGAUGCAAAAAAAAUACUUCGUCAAACUGAACAACGUUUAAAAGAUACACGUGAUUAUUAUCCACAUGUACAUUUAAAUAAUCAUCAUGAUAAUAAUGAUUUAUCAGCAUUAUCAUCAUCAUCAUAUUUAUUACAUGGUGAUACAUCAUCAAUUCAUGCUGGUAAUCGAUCUAUGUUAAAUGAUGAUCGUACAAUUAAUACUAAACAGCAACAAGUUCUUGAUUCCGAAGCAUUACAAACAAUCCGUAGAAAAAUUAGUAAACAAAAAAUAGCAGCAGAACGUCGUGCUGAACACUUAUUUCAUUCUCAAUCAGAUGCUGGUCAUAUGUUUGAAUCAUAUCGUCCUCAUAGUUCAUAUUCAACUUCGGCUAGUUUACAAAAUCUUCAUUAUUCUCCAUAUCGUCAGCAACGUAUUUCACCUCCAAAACCACAACCAUCGUAUACAUCACAUCUUUGUCAAUCUCAAUCAUUUCCAUCUGAACUUGAUACUGUUCUUCGAACUUCUACUAGUUCAAAAAUAUUACAUAAAGAAAAUGAUAUUCUUCGUACAAAUGAUUUUGAACGACAAACAUUUCAUCAACCAUCAAGUACGCGUAAAAUAACUAAAGUUAUAUCGAAAGAUAAUUAUUCAUUAUCUAAUGGUCGAUCAACUCAACAACGUAGUGCAAGUGCAUCUAAUAGUCUGGCAACGAAAUAUCAAGAUCUUCAUUCAUCUCAUUUUCUAACUGCAAAUGAUUCUCAACGAUUAAAACAUGUUCGUCGUGUUGAAUCUGCUCAUGUUUCAUCAGGAUCAGGCGCUAAAACAAAUUUAAUAACAACAGAUUCAUGGCAAGCAGAACCAAUUGUUACUAAAAAAUCAUCAUUAAUUUCUCAACAAGAAAAAUCAUUUAAAAAAAAACCACCAUCUGAAAUAAUUAUUCAACGAACAAAAGCAGAUAUUGAAGAAUCAUUAAGUCAUACUAAUCAACGAACGGAAAAAAUACUCAAACAAAAACGUGAUACAAGUGCCUCUAAACCAUCAAUUAUUAUCGCAGAAAAAACACCAUUAAAACCACCAUUACCAAAAUCAAAAUCCGAUGAUGAAAAUAAAAAAUUUGAAGAUUUGAUUCAACAAAAACGUCAACAACAUGAAGAAAUUUUAUCAAAUGAAAAACGUUUAAAAGAUGAACAAGAUAAAAUACGAAAAGAUAAAUUUAAAAAAUUAAAUGAACCAAUUAAAGAUAAUUCUCAUCAAUAUUUGCAAUCAUCAUUAACAAAAAGAACAUCACCAUUUACACCUGUAACACCAAAAGAUUUAACUGAACAAACACGUCAACGUCUUCUUCAUUUGCUUGGACCAUCAACAGAUUAUCAUACAAAUAAUUCAUUUGAACCAUCAUCUUUACUUGAACGUUGUUCAUCAUCAUCAUCAUCAUCAUCACCAUCAUCAUCGUCGAUUUCAUCAUCAAAUGAAUCAGUAAUUGAAGCUCAACCAGCAAAACUAAAUGAUCCAUUAACAGUACGAUCACGUUCGGAACCACCUAUACAAAAUGGUGCUACUAAUAAAAAUGGACAACGUCAUGAAAAUUUACUUCGAUGGGCUGUUAAUUUAACAAGAGAUUGUGAUGUUGUAGAAAAUAGAUUCAAAUAUUUACGAUCAAGUAUGUUAAAAUACAAUCUAUUCUUUUAUUAGAUACUAUAGUUCUUUGAUCUUAUAUGAAUGUUAAGAAAUAAUUUGUAUAAUCUUUUUUGUGUACUCAAAAAGUGAGUACACUCUAGAAUCGGUCAGUGUGUCCAUCCGUCCGUCCGUUUACACGAUAACUUUUGAAAGGAGAGUCCAAUCACGAUGAAAUUUUCCACACAGUUCAGUCUUAACAAUGUCUCGGUCGAGUUCGA